GAAGACAUAAUAGCAUUAAGAGGGUCUGCGGUGUGUGAGUGGAAUGUCUGCAGAUCAGCUGUGGCCUGACUAUGGUGAAACACCAACCGUUACAGGUGUAUGAGAGACAGCUGUGUUUGUCCUGCCUGACCGGGAUCUACGGCUGCCGCUGGAAACGGUACCAACGCUCCCAUGACGACAGCACCAAGUGGGAAUGUUCAUGGUUCCUCCUCCUCUGCUGUUCUUUUCUUCUUCUCCUCGUCUGGUCCUACUUCUGGUUGGAGGCUCGUAAUGACUACAACGAGUUCAACUGGUUGUUAUAUAAUCGUUCGGCCGUUUGGAAGGAUGGCACAGUCCCCGUUCUCACCACAACACUCACAGGAUUGACUUACACUGCGUUUUUAAUGAUUCUUGCACUUUGUCACAUUGCACUGGGACAGCAGCUUAAUUUGUACUGGAUCCAUAAGUUUUAUUUCCUACAGAUUGUAGUUCUGGCCAUUCUGCUCACCACCAUAACAGGAGUUGUGUCCAUUGAUGAUUUCUGGCAGGACGAAUGGGACAUUGUCGUCAUUUCUCUGCAGUUCACAGGGCCGUUCCUACACAUCGGAGCUUUAGCUGCGGUUACAGCAUUAGGGUGGUUCAUCGCCGGUCAGGUGCUGCGUGUGGAAAGAUCAAGGCUUCAAGUUGUGACGCUGGUGAUUUAUGUGAGCGUCCUCCUGGUUCUGUAUCUGGUUCCUCUCUUCAUCUCUUCUCCCUGCAUCAUGGACCGCUCCAAGCUCGGCCCUCGUCCUGCUGUCAUCGGCCGUCGUGGAGCUCCAAUGCUCGCUCCAGAACACACCAUCAUGUCCUUCAGUAAAGCACUGCAACAGAAGGUCACUGCCCUGGAAGCAGAUGUUACCAUCAGUCUGGAUGGAGUGCCCUUUUUGAUGAGGGACCGCACACUACGCAGGACCACCAAUGUGGACAAACUGUUUCCAGGCCGUCAGGACCACGACGCCUCAUUCUUUAACUGGACAGAGAUUCGCAGUCUCAAUGCUGGACUUUGGUUCCUCAGGGAUGACCCGUACUGGACUGUGCAGUACAUGUCUGAAAAAGAUCGAAAGCGCACGGCCAAUCAGACGGUGUGUAGCCUCGCAGAGCUGCUACGUCUGGCUGCUAGAACAAACCGCUCCGUGAUCUUCAGCCUGCGGCGACCUCCACCUCAACACUCUCGACAUCAGCUCUGGGUCAAUGAUGCACUGAAGGUCAUUCAGAGAUCCAGCAUCCUACCAGAACAGGUGAUGUGGACUCCUGACUGGUACAGGAAGAAGGUGCGUGCAGCGGUUCCUCUCCUUCAGCAGACGUCAGAUGAGAAACUUCCUGUGGCUGAGCUAAAAGAAAGAGGGAUCAGUACUCUGACCCUGCACUACAGCCAGGCCAGAGCUCAGGAUAUCAGGCAGUUUUCUGGCAGUAAUGUGAGUGUGAACGUGUAUCCGGUGAACGAGCCGUGGCUGUAUUCGCUCAUGUGGUGCAGUGGGGUUCAGUCUGUCUCUUCUGAUGCUCCGCACAUCCUGAAGAAAGUGCCUAAUCCCAUCUGGAUCAUGAGUACAGAUGAAUAUGGCCUGAUAUGGAUCACUUCAGAUUUAAUCUCUGUGGCGAUUGUCAUUGGCAUCUUCAUAUUUCAGAACUAUCACCUGAUCAGGUGGAAGAUGAGUGGCAUGCGCAGCUACAACCCUGAGCAGAUCAUGCUCAGCGCUGUAGUACGUCGGCCGAGUCGUGAUGUCAACUUCAUGAAGGAGAAACUUAUCUUCUCAGAGAUCAACAACGGUGUCGGGAGCACAGACGAGCUGUCCGUGUACACAGGAAACGGUCUGGACAUUUAUGCACGCGAUGACAUCAUGAUGCCCACACUUCAUGCGAGCAAACUUUAGUGACGACAUUAAUCCAUUUUAUGGAACGAACAUCUCGAGCUCAAAAUCAUUCCUUAAGACUGAGUUGCUUUUUCAUCUCCAGUGGAUUAUUUUGAAUGGUUUGCGUUGGUUCACGGACACUCUGGGACUGUAUUCCACUGAUUCAGUGUUCUGCUUUGAUGCCUUAUGUACCGAUGUAUUUUUUCUGUAUCGAGCGUAUUUAAAAUGGAGCUGACUUAUUGUGCACUGUAAAGUUUAGAGUCCAGUCUGAUGAAAGCAGGCAAUAAAAGUGUCCUAUUAUUAAUGUUUGUGAAGAACAGACUGAAGAUGAAUGGAUUUCAUGUUAAAGCAUGCAGAAAUCAAAGGUUCAGAGAUGGUUUUUGAGCCUCAAACUACCCCUUGUAAAGCUUGACUGUAGGCUGAUAUGAUUAUUUAUUUUUUAUUUAUUUUAUUUUUGUAACAUGAUUUGCUUGCUGGUGAUUCAUAUCUCAUUGCACUAGCUUAAGAUCAGUUUUCUUUUACCUUGCUGUAUCGAUGUUUUUUUAAGUGAUUUAUUUUGUAAUGAAAUCUCUGCAUUGCUUCAAGUGUUUUUCAUGAGCUGUUCAAAUGGGUUUUUGAAGGUAAUUAUUACUGGAAAUGAAGCAGUAUAUCAAGUCAAGUCAGGUAAAAUGAGGCACAUUUGUGCACAAACUGGCUCAGUUCAUCCUGUGCUGUAGUAGACAGGACUAAUUCAAAACAUCACAGGAUUUGAUUGUAUUUUAUUGUGUAAAAUAUUGGCUAUAUUUAUUCACAAGCAGAACAAAUUGGUGUAAAUGGCACCCUGGGGUAAAUAAGAUUUUAAUACUUUAUUCAGCAAGGAUGCUUUAAAUUGGUCAAACUUGACAUUAAAGACAUACAGAAAUGU